AAAAGAAAUAGCAAAGGAAUGAAAGGGUGAUUCUGUCAGUACCACUGCUCUGUUAGCGUAACCCUAUCUGCUCUGAGCCGUAACAUACAGUCACUCCAUUCUACACACACACACUUCUAAUGAGCACUCCGGGGCUUAUACACAAUACUGAGACUUCUGUGAGUUAUUUAAAGAGAAGAGCGAUCAGACAGAAUCAGCUUUGAUCAAGAUUUGUGCUUUGAGGAUUAAUAUCUUGCCUUUUAUAAAUCCACAAACGUCCUUCCGUGAGAAAUGCACCUGCUCUGUCAUCUGUUGUUCUUGACAGUUACCCUUCACCUUGGUGUCGUCAAGGCUGGAAGAGCCCAGCGUAAACAGAGGCAGGCUGAAGAGAAGCUGAGGCCGUAUUUGGGCAGAGUGGAUCCAGAAUCCCUUUGUCAGUUGUUGAAAUGUCACAGUCCUGUUGGUUCCUGGUGCCAAGUAGUGAAGGAGGGGGGAGUUCUCGCCCCUAAAUGUGUGUGUCCAAAGAUCUGCCCAUGGCAGGGGGCACCAGUGUGCAGCGUUUUGGGGAAGACGUACAGCAAUGAGUGUCUUCUUCACAAGGAGGCCUGCCGCAAAAAACGUCGCAUUGGCAAGGCACAUAGUGGAGCCUGUAUUGUGAGCAAGGCUGAGUGCUCUGAGGAAGAGUUUGGUCAGUUCCCGUACCGUCUGCUGGACUGGUUCCUACUCCUCAGCAGAAUGGGAGAGAGAUACACACCAGCCGCUCCCUCACAAAGCUGCCUCACACACACACAGCGAACCCAGCUUGCAGAGAGGAGGUUUGUUCUGCUGGAUCGAAACAGGGACGGGAAGUUAAGCAGGAGAGAUCUGAGAAAGCUUCACUACAAGCGGAUGCCACUGGAGCACUGUGCUCAAAGAUUCUUCCAGUCAUGUGACAAGAACAAGAAUAAGAAGGUGACCCUGAGGGAGUGGACAUCCUGUCUGGUUGACCGGUCAGAACACUGGUUUCAGGAUUUCAUGUCCGUGAAGAUGGGCUCACCAAAGCUGUGUCCUGUCCCAGACAACAACCUUUAAAUUUAGAUGCUUUAUCCAGGUGGAAUCGUAUUUUAUACCUUAUCAUUUACCUAGAACUUAGAAUAAUUGAUACCUGGAGACCUAAGCUAGCCAUUUUCAUUCUUGUUGGAUUAAAAAUAAAGUAAAAUAGUGAUAUUGUGAAAUAUUCUUAGAAUUUAAAAUAACUAUUUUCUAUUUGGAUAUAUAUUUUAAAGUGUAAUUUAUUCAUGUGAUGUCAAAGCUGAAUUUUC